AGGGAAGUAUACCGCCACUGGAGACAGUCUUGUCAUUGAUAUAGAGGAGAACCAGACAUUUGCAGAGGAGAAUACUGUACCAGACAGCAUGAUCCAUGUUUCAAGAACGCCCAAGUUCUCCACUUGUGGGACUAUACAUUUAGACCCGUCUCCUAUGGAAACAACCGCUGACCAGGACCAGAUCUUGAGCUCAGCAGCCAGACACAGAAGACCCAGGUCCCAUUCCUACUACAGCCCAGAGGACGCCAAAAAGUAUGGCGUCGAGACGACGACAGAUGAGAACGUUGUCAGGCCACGCUCCAGGUCAUUCUAUAGUUACGAGACGUCUGAGCUCUACAGAGAGGGGAACUUUACCAGAUCCAACGCCAUGAGGCCGAGAUCCAACUCCCUGGAGAAGAGUGGGGACGGGAAGAAGGAGAAGAGUAGUGCGGAUGGGAAUCAGGGGAUCCUACCUCGGCUCAACUCCAAGAGAUCCAAGUCCAACACCAACAAACACUUGCCAUGCAGAGAUCUCAAUGGCCGAAGAGGCAGUCUAAAGGGUGUCCCCAUGAUGACCAUCUCUGAAUCAGAGAACUGGGAGAUCAGCUCCUGCUCUGGCAUGAAGUAUGGCCAGUUUGUGGACUGGGAGAAGAUCGACCCUGAAGCUUCAGAGCGCUACCAGAGGAUCCUGAAUUCGGAUCACCAGGAGCUGAAGACCAUGGGUCGAUCAGGGUUCUGGGUCAUGCCCCAUACACUAAGGGCCAAGGCCUAUUAUCAUAUAAUUCAUGGUAUCAACUGCAGGUCCAUCAAACCGGAUCGAGAUCAUUACCAGGAUGUGGCCAAGAAGCUCUUCGGAGAGCAGAAGAUGAGCACACACCCGUUCCCUGAGUACAUGGAUGAUGGCAUGAUCCCUAGGUACUGCCUCAACAAAGCUGGUCUCAAUUCUGUAAAAAAGGUCCUCCUCUGCAUUGGCAAGCACCUCCCGGACAUCAACUUCUGCCCAAUCCUCCCAGCCUUGGUGGCUCUCCUCCUGCAUUUCAGCGAAGACGAAGCAGAGUGCUUCCACAGCGUCUGCCGCCUUAUCACCUACAAUGACCCCAACAAGCGCUACAUCGAUCAGACAUUCCUCACCUACCGGGCCUCCUGCAUGACCUUCGGCGACCUGGCCAACAAGUACUGCCGUGGCAUCCGCAAGCUCAUCGCCAGCUCCCACCAGAACCUCUUUGAGUUCUACUCCGAUUGGAUCAUGUGGAUAUUUGCCGACCUCCCCUUCACAUAUGCUAUGAGGGUCCUGGAUGUCUAUCUUCUGGAGGGUUACAAGGUUCUCUACAGGGUGGCUCUGGCUCUUCUCAGCUUGUACAAGGUCUCGGUUUCGUCUCGUGUCGCCGACGUGGAGGACUUCAGGCGAGACAUGAAGAGCUUUGUGGAGAACGUGGUGCGUCACUGUACGGUGGAGAAGCUGCUGGAGAGGGCCUUCAGUAUCCAACUGGCCACGCGGAGGGAGCUCAACCUACUGUUCAACGCUAACAAGGACUCGCUCAUGCAGAAGGGCAUUAGUAUCCACCAGAAAAGGCAGUCAUGCCAGGUCGUGGAUUUUGACAGCUUCAGCUCCAGCGUUGUUACGGGGACAGAGAUGAGGAUUGUCUGGGCCUGGAUCCCUGAACGCUUUGCCCUCUUCAAUCCCAAAAAGCUGUUCAGCACCAACGAACAUGGCCGAAGCCUGGCCUCAUUUUAUUCCCGUGUUGAGGGGCAUGAGCCAGUCGUCUUGCUUCUGAAGACUAUGGAUGAAGAGGUCUGUGGUGCCUUCCUGUCGACAGAUUUGAUUGAGCGCAAAAAGUAUGAUUCAGAAGAACCUGCGUAUUUUGGGACCGGGGAGAGCUUUGUUUUCACGCUUCGUCCAGGCAUGGAGCGCUACCAACGGGCUGUGGUUCACAUUACGGCCAAGAGACAACCUUCUCCAGACCUUCGAGCUGCUAGGGUCUGUGUAUACACUUCCUCUGGUAAAGAGGACUCCUCCUCUGGAAAAGAGGACUCCUCCUCUACCCCACUCUCCACCACCUCUACUACCAACCACACCACCCUGACCUGUCCAGCCGGGACCCUCCAGGACCCCAGCUACCUGACCAUUCCCUUCACCUCCUCCUCCCCCGGACCUCUCUCCCCCUCACCCAAGAGGGCCAAGGAACAAGGGGCCUUCAUGUUCAUCGCCGGAGACCACGAGAGGCUAGUCAUUGGUGGCGAUGGGGGUCAUGCUCUCUGCCUCCAGGCUGAUCUGGAGGGGGGCUACACGGAACAAUGUGACACCUUCGAGAGCGCCGCUCUCUGCAAGAGACACUUCAAGAUCCGGUCAUUGGAAGUGUGGGGAAUUCAGAACUCCACCUCGUUCUCACACUACUUCUCUUACUGUCAUUAAAAGAGGAAGCUGACAUGUGUUUCCACCUCUUAUAUGAACUGGUUUCUCCUAAUUCAGUUGUCCAUUUGAUUAGACUAUAUUUUUCUUCAUGUUUAUAAUGAAGUAUUUUCUGUUCACACAAUUCAAAGUAGUUAUGUGUGUGGAUGACAAUGGGCUAAACUAAAUAAGGUUUUUACAGUGCAUUCGGAAAGUAUUCACACCCCUUGACUUUUUCCAUAUUUUGUUACGUUACAGCCUUAUUCUAAAAUGUAUUAAAUCGUUUUUUCCCCUCAUCAAUUAACACAAAAUACCCAUAAUGAAAAAGCAAAAACUGGUUUUUCGACAUUUCUGCAAGUUUAUUCAAAAUAAAAAACUGAAAUAUCACAUUUA